AUGGCUGAGAUUGAAUAUGCCAAGAACAAAGUUCUCCUUGCUCCUGAGAAUAGAUGUCCGUGGGCCUAUGCGCGCGGUGUUUUAAGAGCUGCUGGUAAAUCAAUGGCUGAACUUGAAGGGUUUGCAUCGAAGUUUAUUUUGGAAGAGGUGGAGGCUGAUGGGGGUGUGAAGUAUCAGGUUAGGAGUAGUUUGGCUGUGGAGUGGCUGGCGGAUGUGUAUGCGGAAGAGGCGGAAGACGAGAAGGGUACGGAGGAGAAGCGGAAGGCGGACGCCGUCAAGAUGCUUACGUUGCUGAAGGAUAAGUAUGAUCCCAUUCGCAAGAAUUACUGGGAUUAUAGGAUUCGGAUGCUUUGA